UUUCAAUUUCUUCCAUUGUAACUAUUGCAAUUGGGUUUGUGUUUCUGAAAUUUUCUUUUAUGGCCACGUUCUUUUUUCCGAAUAUUAAAAAUUUCAUCAUCCUUUAUAUGUUGUCUGGGUUAAGAUUUGGAUUAAAUUAUUUGGUGAUGGUUUUUCUAAGCUAACCUGGUAUCUAAAAGCAUAGAACUUUGUGGUUCAAUGCACUAAAUUCUAUUGUUUGUAAUUGUAGCUUUAGAGGAAUUGCUAUUUUUUUUGAUACCUAUGAGUGUUUGAGCUAGUUUAGUGCUCUCAACUAAUCUCACAUGACAACUGCUUAAUCCUACUGCAUUUGGUUGCAAAAUAAAUUUGUAGGAUUUUAAAUCCCAGGUGCCAUCAUGGUCUGAACUCAUUUUUUUAAGCGAAUAGGUAUAAAUUUUAAGUGACUGUUGAGAUCCUACGGAGGUAGUUGACCAUGUCAUAAUGGGAGCUUGAAAUUAACUUUUUAAGCGAAUAGGUAUAACUUUUAAGUGACUGUUGAGAUCUGUGGAGGUAGUUGACCAUGUCAUAACAGGAGCUUAUAAUCUAGUUAUUAUUAUUAUGACUAUUAUAAAUAUUAUGAUAUUCUUUUUUUAAAAAAUAUAGUUUAUACUUAGAGACAAGAUAUAUAUUUUUUAAACCUUUCUUGGCCCUGCAGAGGAUGACCUGUCCUUCCCACUGUAUUUUUUGAAUUAUUUAUUAAGAAAAUAAUUAUAAUAAACAUUAGGUGGUGGUUUGAAUUUAUUUAAGAUUGAUAUAUCAAGUAGUGUUUUUAGUUCUUGAUUUUUAACCAUGACGUUGAAUUUUGAGCACUAUACCCGUGAUGGUUGUAUUGGAAUGAAUUUCUUCCCUAAUGUUGGGAGAAGAACAUCUUCCUUGAUGGAUACAUGCUAUUAUCGUGAGAGAUAUGUAUUAGUAAUCUAACUGUUGCAUUCAUUUACUAUUGGAAUAUUUUUAUUAUUAUUAUUUUUUUUGUCUUAGUAGUCUUACAAACACGACUCAUGCUAGGGUGCAAUGGGUUAGGUCCAACACAACUAACAAAUUCCUUUUAUGAUGAUUUUCCAGUAAAAUAUAUCCUCCUUAUUACUAAAUGUUUGAAAGUUCCCCUAAGAUGACAUUAUUGAAAGAUUCUCUCACCAACCCUUGAAAUAUAACCAAUUGGAAACGGAGAGUUUUUUGCCUUUGGAGCUUGAAGAGGAGAAAUUAUGUUUAGAAUCUCCAUGCUCCGUUGACUGUCUGCGGACCUUUCUUGAAAGGCCUAGAUUGGAGCUUAUUUCAGGUGACCAUGACGUUUUAUCAAGAUAAUUGGGAAGGAAUAAGGAGGAUUUGAUGAGAGCGUUUGGGAAUUUCGCUAAAAGGGGGUCAUUGAUGCUUCCAUGAAUGAAACGUAUGUUUGCCUUAUCCCAAAAAAAUAGAAUGCUUGUAGGUUGGGAAGCAUUAACACGUUGAAAAUGGCGAAGUGUUGGUGUCGUGUCGGUUCUCGGACACACAUCCAACACGUUAAAAUAAGUGUUGGAUUUUUUUAGAAUUUUUUUGUUUUUUAAAGGACACGUGGGCGACACGUUAAAUGACUUUCAUUUAUAGAUCUUCUUAGUAUUUCAGCCCAAGGCUCAAUCCAUUACCAUUAGGAUUUCUUUUCAUUUAUGUUUUCAGAUUUUUAAAAUAUUUCAGCCCAAGGACUAGCCCACUACCAUUAGGUUUCUUUUUUCAGUUUCAUAUCUACUACCCACGAACCUUCCUUUCUCCACUGGCUGCCCUCCUCAUCGUUUUCUUAUGCUUCUCCGAUAUUCUUGGUGCUUCUUCAGACAUUCUACAACGUUUCUCCUUCAUUUUUUCUUCUACUUUUCUCCUUCUCUGCUUUUUCUUUAGGCAGUUCAGUUCUCCGAAUUAGGGAUGAAGUCACCUUCUAGUCAAAAUGAAUUACGUUCUGAUUCAAUAAGUCCCUCCAAUAUUGAAGAUGAAAUGAAUCCAUUGUGGCGAUAUGUGACAAAAAAUCAAAGAUUAAAUGAAGCAGGUGGAAAUGUUUCUUGGCAAUGCAAUUUUUGUCAAGAAACGAAGAGAAGUUCUUAUACAAGAGUUAGGGCUCACUUGAUGAAAUUAAGUGGUUAUGGAAUUGGGAUAUGUCAGAAGGUCACCCUUAAAGAUGUUGCUGAAAUGCAAAGGUUGGAAGAUGAAGCUAAAAUUCGAAAGGAAAAGAAUGCUCCUAAAAAAGUUAUUUUACCACCUCCAUCCCAUAACCAAGCUCAAUCUUGUGGAAGUAUGAGUGACUAUUCUUUUUCCUUUUCAACCACGAAACCAAAGAAAAGAAAAAGCAGUAGUAGUACACUUGAGAAGUCAUUUAACAUGACAACCCAUGAUCAGUUGCAUUCAGAAAUUGCUAAGAUGUUUUAUUCUUCAGGUUUGCCUUUUCAGUUGGCUAGAAAUCCACAUUUUGUGAGAGCAUUUACUUUUGCUGCAAAUAAUCUAUUGUCGGGUUAUGUACCUCCAGGGUAUAAUAUGUUGAGAACAACUCUUCUUCAAAGAGAAAAGACUAAUAUUGAGAGAUUGUUGCAGCCUAUUAAAAGUACAUGGAGUACAAAGGGUGUGAGCAUUGUCAGUGAUGGAUGGAGCGAUUCACAGAGGAGGCCUUUCAUAAACUUUAUGGCAAUUACAGAUGGAGUACCAAUAUUUCUUAAAGUUGUAGAUUGCUCUGGUGAGGUUAAAGAUAAAUAUUUCAUAGAGAAUUUGAUAAAAGAAGUCAUAAAUGAGGUGGGACAUCAGAAUAUAAUCCAAAUAAUUACUGAUAAUGAUCCUAAUUGCGAGGCUGCAGGGCAGAUUAUUGAAUCACAAUUCUCAAAUAUAGUAUGGACACCGUGUGUAGUUAGCACUCUUAAUCUUGCCUUGAAGAAUAUUUGUUCUUCAAAAAAUAUUGAAGGUAAUGAAGAUGUAUUUAAUGAGUGUGGUUGGAUUUCUAAAACUUCUGGUGAUGUAAUGAUGGUUAAAAGUUUUAUCAUGAAUCAUCCCAUGAGGCUUGCUAUGUUCAAAGAAUUUGUGUCUUUGAAGUUACUUUCAAUAGCAGAAACACGCUUUGCAUUCACAAUUACUAUGCUAAAAAGAUUUAAGCUCAUUAAGAGUGGUUUGCAAGCUAUGGCUAUUAGCGAUAAAUGGUCAUGCUACAGAGAAGAUGAUGUGGGGAAAGCAAAACAUAUGAAGGACUUGGUACUCAAUGAUAUUUGGUGGGAUAAGAUUGAUUACAUUCUUUCUUUCACAUCACCUAUAUAUGAUAUGAUUAGAGCUUGUGAUACAGAUAAACCUUGUCUUCAUUUGAUAUAUGAUAUGUGGGAUACUAUGAUUGAAAAAGUGAAGGCGGCAAUCUACAGAUAUAAAGGAAAACAUUUAGAUAAAAUCUCAUCUUUUUAUAGGGUGGUGCAUCAAAUUCUGAUUGACCGUUGGAAUAAAAAUAACACUCCACUACACUGUUUGGCACAUUCUCUAAAUCCAAGGUAUUAUAGUGAACAGUGGCUUCAGGAAGAUAAGAAUCGAGUCCCACCACAUCAAGAUUUGGAAGUAACUCGAGAGAGAAUGAAAUUUGUCAAAAGAUAUUUUAGUUCAAAUGAAGAGCGCACAAAAGUAUGCUUGGAGUUUGCCAAUUUCUCUACAAUGGCUGCAGAGUUUGCUGACUAUGAUUCUAUACGUGAAAGAUACUAAAUAGAUCCUAAGAGUUGGUGGGCCGUCCAUGGUGCUAUGGACCAACUUUGCAGACAUUAGCUUUGAAACUACUUGUGCAACCUUCAUCUUCCUCAUGUUGUGAGCGAAAUUGGAGUACAUAUUCAUUUGUGAACUCUUUAAAAGGGAACAAGAUGACCCCACAAUGUGCAGAAGACUUGAUGUUUGUCCACAACAAUCUUCGUCUUUUAUCAAGAAGAACUCUAGAAUAUUCAGAAGGAGAUACUAAAUUUUGGGACAUAGCUGGAGAUUCUUUUGAUUCAUUUGAGGACGUAGGCAUGCUUGAAAUAGUUAGUCUAUCUUUGGAUGAACCAGAAUUAGAAGCUAUAGUUUUUACUGAUGAUACAAGUCAAAUGAGUGAAGAUGAAAGUGACAAUGUUGGGGCAAAUGUGUAGAAGGGUUGUUUGAUUUUCAUUUUUAGUUUUUUGUGUAAAACACGUUUUGUAGGAUACUGGAUAUUGUUGACGGUGGUUAUUUCAUGAAUGUUAUGUAUAUAUGUUGAUGUUUAAAGGCAAUAAUAUACUUU